AUGAACGUAAGUCAACUCUUAAACGAUGAUAAAACUCAUGAUGAACUGAUAGAACUAGAACUAGGUGAAACCGACGCUACUUGUUGGGAACAAACUUUGCAAACGCUGCAACCGCUGCUGGCGACACUGAACCCCACGAAUUCCAACUCUGACUGUUGGACAAACUUAAUUACCCAACUUGAAAGACUGAACACCGAGAACGAACAAAAAACUUUUUUAUUGCAAUCAAUAUGCAAUUGUAUUGAGGAGGUUCGAAACAGGAUAUUAACUAGGUGGAGCGACCUGGACUGGAAAAAUAGGAAUCAACAUUUAUUAAUGCUCGGACACAUAUGCAACCUCUUAACAGACCCACCAGAACAUUUGACGACUAUCUACAGGAAUCUAUACAAAACCUUUGAGAGAGAAAGCGCACAACUUUUAUGUGGGCCGCUCGCCGGUAUGAAAAAUAAUUUUCUGAAAAAUAAUUUUCAACGCCUCGAUAUCGAAAAGUUAUAUGUAGAGAUUAAGCCUCGUAACAUGGAAAUUGCGUCAGUGCGAAAAAUCUACACAGCUGCCCAGCGCGCACUUAUGGUAGCAAACAUUAUGACUUAUGACAGAAAUUUGACUAUUCCAGAGUUGGAUGCUAUUCCGAGUUCUGUUAUACAAGAAAUAAUUAAAAAGAAGCAAGUAGAUAGUUUACGCUAG